AAAGAUACGACGCUUAUGUACCAAAAUAUUAUUUUCAAUAGUGAAUCCGGACUAGGAAAAUCAACUUUGAUCAAUUCGAUGUUCCUCUCUGAUAUAUACAGUGCCGAGUAUCCUGGCCCUAGCCUUAGGGUUAAGAAAACCGUAGCCGUAGAGACUAGCAAAGUGUUGUUGAAGGAGAACGGUGUAAAUCUCACUCUGACUGUCGUCGAUACACCUGGAUUUGGCGAUGCAGUCGAUAACAGCAAUUGUUGGGUACCAGUGAUCGAAUAUAUCGAAUCAAAAUACGAGGAGUUCCUGAACGCCGAGUCUCGCGUUGUGAGACGGCAGAUCCCAGACAGCCGAGUACAUUGUUGCCUGUACUUCGUCGCACCCUCGGGUCACGGUUUGAAACCGUUGGACGUAGAGUUUAUGCAGCGUCUUCACGACAAAGUUAACAUUAUACCUGUCAUCGCGAAGGCGGACACCAUGACGCCAGAUGAAUGUGCUCAUUUUAAGAAACAGAUUUUGAACGAGAUAGCGCAACACAAGAUCAAAAUUUACGAAUUCCCGGAAGUGGAGGAGGAGGAAGAAAAUAAACUGCACAAAGUUCUCAGAGAAAGAGUACCGUUCGCAGUUGUGGGUGCAAAUACUGUGGUCGAGCACGAUGGCAGGAAAGUUCGUGGAAGGAAAUAUCCUUGGGGGAUUGCAGAAGUGGAAAAUUUGGAACACUGCGAUUUCAUAGCGCUGCGAAACAUGGUGAUCAGAACGCAUCUGCAAGAUUUGAAAGACGUGACAAACAACGUGCACUAUGAGAAUUUUCGAUGUCGCACGUUAGCCGGCAUCGGAGUCGAUGGAAAACCAACAAAAGUUUCCAAUAAUUUGUGCCCUCCAGGAGUGAUGAACAGUUUCAUGACAGUGUGGAAUCCAUUGGCUCAGUUGGAAGAAGAGAAGAGGGAACACGAUAAUAAAAUGAAGAAAAUGGAGAUCGAUAUGGAGCAAGUGUUUGAGAUGAAAGUCAGAGAAAAGAAACAAAAACUCAAAGAUUCAGAAGCAGACCUGCAAAGAAGGCACGAACAAAUGCGACGCUCCUUGGAACAGCAAGUGCGUGAAUUAGAGGAGAAGAGACGAGCAUUUGAAGCUGAAAAGUUAGCAUGGGAACAACAGACUGGGCACAGUAUUGAAGAAUUACGUAGGCGCAGCCUAGAAGCUAAUUCAAAAGAGUAA